AUGGGAGCAACGUGUGCCAGGAGUGUUAGUGAUACCGUUUCCCACUCAAACACCGCAAUUACUCUCCAAGACCACAACAAUAUCAAGAAUACUACUACUAUUAAUACUACUACUACUACGAAUAGUAAAAAAAAUACAAAUAAUAACAAUAAUAAUUAUAAUUAUUAUAAUAACAAGAAGAAUAAAAGUGAUUAUAAUAAUUAUAACUCUAGUAAAAGCCGCGGCAGAGUUGUCAGCAUACAUGAUAAGAAUGGCCUCCACAAGUGUACUCCACACAAUGCACAUGGACCACUGGAACAGGAAGAUGUCUUAUCUUUUCCAUCAGUCUGUGGGACUCCCGCAACAUCAAGGAGAGAACCAUCAUCGCCAUUAUUAUCAAUAUUAUUAAAACAACAACAACAACAACGAUUAUUACGAAAUCCAGAGAAACAACAAAAACAACAACAAUUACAAUUACAACUAACAAUAGGAGAAGAAGGAAAGACAGGAAUAGCUUCUCCUGCAAUGAUGAGUGAAAAUGGUAUGACGGCUACAUUUAAUAGACGGGAAUGGAUGCAACGCCGUCGCUCUGUGAAUAUAGCCACAAAUAAGAAGAAAAAUAAUUUCACUCCAGUAUCCUCAACAACAGAAACAAGAACCAUCUCAAAAGCAAACAAACCACUGGUAACCAAAACACCUAGUAAACAAUUUAUUGAAGUGGGAAAUGAAUAUCCAUCAUCUAUAGUAAAUAACACUUCAAUAUUUUCUUCAAACAGAUCAGCAUCCUCGUCAUCAUCAUCCGCUGCCAACACCACAACAACCACAACUGAAAACUUUACAGAGUUCUCCGUUUCGGUUCCGCUUUCUACGAAAACAAAUGGUAUCUCUAUGGUAUCCCAUCCAUCAUCUAAAUGUGUUCCUCCCGCCGUAAAGGCAACAGAGAUAACGACUGCUCGCCGUAAUAAUUCUACGCAACACUUCUCCAAUUUUGCAAACACUAGUGAGGAGAGAAAAAGAGGGAUAUCAUCAACAGGCAAGUUAAGAGGGAGUGGAUCUGAAGCGGCAUUAAUACCAUCCAAACAAAAGAACAGUGUUGUUUCUCGCUUACUUCCACCAAAUCUAGUACCUUCUCCCUCUGAAGUUAAACGAAUGAUGGAAACAAAGAAUGAAAAAAAGAAAAAAAAAGAAGAAGAAAAGGAAGAAAAAAGAUUACCAGAGUUAACAACUGAAAUCAAAUGUGAUGGGGAAGGUGAUGUUCAAAAGGAUUUCCCAACCGAACUUGAUAAUAUUCGUCUCUUCACUAUGGGUGAUAGUAAUGAAGAAGGGACACUACAUACAGUGAUGAGUUUCCGCCACCAAAGUUCCCCUGAUACUCUAACGAGUGGGGAAGAAGUAUUAGCAUUGACAUCAGAAACAAUACCCAUUCCACAGCAGUUAACAUCCACUCAACAGAGACUGCAGAAAAAGGGAGUGGGAAACAUAUUCCUAAUUGGAUCACCACUGGAAAUAAUAGUAAGAAAAGAGAAUGAAGUUGAGAAUGGGUUAUUGGAUUCUCUUUAUACAGUUAACAGUAAUCAUUUUAAUGCAGAAGAGGCAGAGGGGGGAGAAGGAAAAAAGAGAAAUAAAGAGAAAAAAGAAGAGAAUGAUAUGAAUAGUUUAAAUAAGUCUAGUUCUGCGCGAUCAAAGAAGAAGGAGGAAAAGGAAAAAAUAGAUAUAUCACUAAUUUCUCAGAGAGCAGCAAUAGAAGAAGAAGAAGAAGAACAAGAAGAAGCAAGAAAGAGACAAAAGAAUAAUGAGAUUGAUAUUUCUAAAACUAAUAAUACUCCAAAGAGGCUUGGAAAUACAUAUUGUACACCACGGAGUAAAUCUCGUGAAGGUCUUGUCUCUUUUCCACCGGCCAUACAUGCAGAGUCUUCAAAUAUGCGAUCAUUCUCUUGUCACCGUUCUGCGGAUGAAUCCACAAAUACAUCUCGCAAUAUGGAAAUUUCUUCUUCUUGUAGUCAUUUUACACUUAAUAAGAAGAAACAUCUUGGACGUUACUCUAAUCGACUAAUCUCACCAUCACCACUACUCUCACUACAGCCAGUCUUAGAGCCAGUCUCAGUAAUGACAACAACAAGAGUAAAAACACCAACAAGAUUAACAUCACCAAGAACGAUAACGGGUGAAAAAGUGAAUAAUUGGAAAAAUUGCUCUGAACAGAACUGUAGGCCCAUCUCUCCAGCUCCAUAUCAAUCAACCAAUCUCUCUCUAUCACACUAUCGUCGUAUUUACUCACCGGCGAUGGAAUCUGUUUCUAGAACCACAACAAACACAACAGGUGGUAGUUUUGCUCUUACAGCAACUACAACAACUACUACAACUACUACAUCAAGUGGGGAUCGUCUUUUAGGAAAAAAAGGUGGGAAGUACAUUUGUCAGUGGUGUGGGGGUCCAUACAAACAGCAUGAUAUCUGCAGUGUUAAACGUGAACCGCAUGCUACCAUUCGAGAGCAGAGAAAACAUGAAAAGGAGGUGAAAAAGCAUGCACAGUCACUUCUUCGUAAUGGUAGAGUGAAAGAAGCUGUUAUGGAGUUGCGAGAGGCCGGAUUGGUAUAA